AUGUCGACACAGCCUUCAAAGCUUGACGUUAGAGUGGAGCAGGUUCGCAGUAUCUACGGGCAGUUUCAGUCAAUCCUGGAUGAGAAAGUUGCGCUCCACCUACCACAAGAACAAGACUCCAUAAAGGGCGAGGUCUUACUGCAGUUGCAAAAAUUCCUUGCAGAGGCCAUGGACAUGGCGUCUGAUUCACUGAACGUGGUAAACGCAAAUGAACGCGCCUCGCUUACAGAGCUUUUGGCGCAGUCCAGGCAGCAGUUUGUCGACCCCUUCGACCUAGAUUUAAACGAGCAAGUGAGGAAGAAAUACCAGGAGUGGGAGGACCAAACAGUGAAGGUUGCCCAGCUGCGGCGUGAAGCGCCGCGCAAGCUGCGUGAGAGCUACGAAAACGAGGCUCAGCUGGCGCUGCAAGAAGCUGACACUUUAAUAAACUCUUUUUCCCAGGAAACGCCCGCAGAGCAAAACGGAGCUGGGCAGGCGAAGGAAGAGCCUAUUGAGCUCCCGAACCUGCCACGUUUAGGGGAAGACUACCAAGAGGCAUUGAAAAACCUUUCCGCCGCUAAAACACAAACGCCCCAAAACCGUGCUCAAAUACAGAAGCUUGAGCAACUGGUAGCGUUUCUUGAGUCUGAGCUAUUGGCAGGAAGCUAA